AUGGAGGCGAACCGUCAGCCCGCGCCCGCGCCGGCGCCGGCGGCCAGCGAGGAGGGCGCGGCGGCGGUCCCGGCCGAGGCUGAGCUGGCGCCUGACACCGGCGUCGAGCUCUCCUGGCGCGAGCGCGAGCGCGCGCGCAAGGCGGCGCUCAAGACAAUCCAGGCACGCGAGAAGGCGGAGCUGUCGGACGCGUCCAAGGCGACGGCCAAGGAGCGGCUCGCCUACCUCAUGCGGCAGACGGACGUCUUCUCUCACUUCAUUAAGUCGCCGGACGACGCCGCCGCCUCCUCGAGCUCCUCCAAAGGCGGCGGCGGCGGCGGCGGCGGCCGCAAGGGCAAGGGCCGCAUGACGGAGAAGCAAGAAGACGAGCUGAUGGCGAGGCAGGAGGCGGAGGGGGGAGGGUCGGCGCAGGGCACCCGCCUCACCGCGCAGCCAAAGUGCGUGAGCGGAGGAGCCAUGCGUACGUACCAGCUGGAGGGUCUCAACUGGCUGAUCAAGCUGUUCGAGCACGGCAUCAACGGCAUCCUCGCCGACGAGAUGGGGCUCGGCAAGACGCUGCAGACCAUCUCUCUGCUGGGGUACCUGAAGGAGGCGCGCGGCAUCUCGGGGCCGCACCUGGUCAUCGUGCCAAAGGCGGUACUCACAAACUGGCACCGCGAGCUGGCGCGGUGGUGCCCGGCGCUGCGUGCAAUCAAGUUCAGCGGCGACAAGGCGGCGCGUGCGGAGUGCAAGAGCGAGUACCUGGAGCAGUCGGGCGCGUUCGACGUGUGCGUGACCACGUAUGAAACGGCGAUCACCGAGAAGGCGGCGCUGUCCAAGCUAGUGUGGCGCCACCUGAUCAUCGACGAGGCGCACCGGAUCAAGAACGAGCAGGGCAAGCUGGCGCAGGUGGUGCGCCUCUUCACGGCGCACUCGCGGCUGCUCAUCACCGGCACGCCGCUCCAAAACAACUUGCACGAGCUCUGGGCGAUGCUCAACUUUCUGCUGCCCGACAUCUUUUCGUCGUCGGAGCAAUUUGACGAGUGGUUCAACCCUGAGGACAAGGGCGACGGUGGCAGCGGCGAGGACGUGCUCCACCAGCUGCACAAGCUGCUGCGCCCCUUCCUGCUGCGCCGGCUAAAGAAGGAGGUGGAGAAGGACCUCCCGCCCAAGCGCGAGAUCAAGCUGCUGAUUGGCAUGUCGCAGCUGCAGCGCACCUGGUACCAAAACAUCCUCACCAAGAACAUCGACGUGCUCAACGCGAUGCAGGGCCACAACCGCGGCCGCAUGCACAACAUCCUCAUGCAGCUGCGCAAGUGCGCCAACCACCCGUACCUGUUCGACGGCGCGGAGGAGCCGCCGUUCGUCAACGACCAGCGCCUCAUCCUGCACAGCGGGAAGAUGGUGCUCCUCGACAAGCUGCUCGGCCGGCUCAAGAAGCGCGGCCACCGCGUGCUCCUCUUCUCGCAGAUGACGCGCAUGCUCGACAUCCUCGAGGACUACUGCGGCUACCGCGCCUGGGAGUACUGCCGGAUCGACGGCUCCACCAGCGGCGACGACCGCGACGCGGCGAUGGAGGCGUACAACGCGCCGGGCUCGAGCAAGUUUCUCUUCAUGCUCUCGACGCGCGCGGGCGGGCUCGGGAUCAAUCUCGCCACCGCCGACACAGUCAUCCUCUUCGACAGCGACUGGAACCCGCAGAUGGACCUGCAGGCGAUGGACCGCGCGCACCGGAUCGGCCAGACGCGGGAGGUCAUCGUCUACCGGUUCAUGAUCGAGGGCUCGGUCGAGGAGAAGAUUAUCGAGCGCGCCCAGCGCAAGCUCUACCUCGACGCCGCCGUCAUCCAGCAGGGACGGCUGGCGGACCAGUCCAAGUCGCUCUCCAAGGACGAGAUGCUCUCUAUGAUUCGCUUCGGCGCGGACGCGGUCUUCCACACCAAGGGAGGCGGCGAGCCGACCGACGAGGACAUCGAGGCGCUGCUGCUGCGGGGCGAGGAGCGCACGCGCGCGGACGAGUCCAAGCUCAAGGACCAGGCAAACUCGCUGGCCAACUUUACGCUCGACGGGCAGGAGCGGUCGAUGUACGAGCUGGACGGGCAGGACUGGUCCAAGGGGUCCGAGGCGGCGACGCAAUGGUCUCUCUCGCUGCCGAAGCGGAUCACAAAGCAAAACUACGAUGAGACGGCCCACCAGCAGCGGGCGGGGCUGCGCAUGCCGAAGCAGGUCCAGAUCCACGACUUUCAGUUCUUUGACGCGCGGCGGCUGCACGCGCUCCGCGACCAGGAGGUCGCGCACUGGCAGUGGAAGCAGGACAGGGUGCUCGCGCGGCGCGCCCGCGAAGAGGACGAGGAGGGGGACGACGAGCUGACGCGCAAGGCGUCCGCGGCGGGCGUGCCGCCGCUGAGCGACGCGGAGCUCGACGAGCGCGAGGCGCUGCUGCGCGACGGCUUCUCGAGCUGGUCGCGCAAGGACUUCAACGCGUUCGUCAAGGCGUGCGAGCGGCACGGGCGCGACGACGUCGCGUCGAUCUCGCUUGAGCUCGGCGAUCGGCGACCGGUCGGAGAAGGAGGCGAGGCCAAGAUCCAGCGCCGGAUCGAGAUCGCGAGUGCGCUGGCGAAGAAGGUCUCGGCCACCGCCAACCCGUGGGUGGGGUUGCGCUUGCGGUACGACGACGCGCGCGGCGCGCACUUCACGGAGGAGAACGACCGUUUCCUGGCUUGCAUGACCGACCAGAUCAUUGUCUGCAUGACGAACCAGAUCGGCUACGACCGCUGGGAGGAGCUGCGCGAGGAGGUGCGCGCGUCGUGGCUCUUCCGCUUCGACUGGUGGUUCCGCACGCGGACCGCGCAGGAGCUGCAGCAGCGCGUGGACUACCUGUCGCAGCUGAUCGAGGCGGAGAUCGACGAGAUCGAGGCCGCCGACGACGCCGACGGCCGGAAGCGCAAGGGCGGCGCCGCGAAGGGGCCGCCGGUCAAGAAGGCGCGACGCUGAGAACGGCGCGUCGGCUGGCGGGCUUUUGCCGCCCUUCAUCUCUCGCGCGCGGCGGUUCACCCCGCACCCCGGGAGACCGCCGCGCAGAGACCAGACGCAGAGUCGAGUAAGUGCUAGGUUUUGUGGCAUCAUGUCAGCUGAAUAUUGCUGAACACUACCAUGC